GAGAAUGAACCUUAUCUGUAACAUUUCGAGUCCAAGCUUCUCUUGGUGCUCUUUAAGGGACCAAAAACCAAUUUCAUCCACUCGUAACAUACCCCUAUCGGUUUUAGAAAAGCCAAGAAAGUUUGUGUCCACCAACCUCUAUUUUACACGAGUCUCUCAUACUAUGAUACUAUAGCUACACUUCCCACUGUGUCUCAGGGUCUGUGACACACACAGACUCACUUCAAGUUCCCAGCUUUUGCCAUUUUUCCCACUGUUUAUUGAGAAGAACUGCAGAACAUGGCACAGAUUUUGGCUCCCUCUACGCAAUGGCAGAUGAGAAUCUCAAAAUCCUCUCCCAAUGCAACUCCCAUUACAUCAAACAUGUGGAGUUCUUUAUUGUGGAAACAAAAUAAGAAAGUUUCACCUACCAGUUCUGCUAAAUUUAGAGUGCUGGCAAUUAAGUCUGACAAUAGCACCAUCAACAGGCUCGAGGGUCUACUUAAUUUGGAUAUCACUCCAUUCACUGACAAGAUAAUUGCUGAGUACAUUUGGAUUGGGGGGACAGGAAUUGAUGUGCGCAGUAAAUCAAGAACAAUAUCAAAGCCUGUUGAAGAUCCCUCUGAGCUCCCUAAAUGGAACUAUGAUGGAUCUAGCACUGGACAGGCACCUGGUGAUGAUAGUGAAGUAAUCCUAUAUCCUCAAGCAAUUUUCAAAGAUCCUUUCCGUGGCGGUAACAAUAUUUUGGUCAUUUGCGAUUCUUACACCCCACAAGGUGAGCCUAUCCCUACAAACAAGAGACACAGAGCUGCUGAAAUUUUCAGUAACCCAAAGGUCCAAGCUGAAGUUCCAUGGUAUGGAAUAGAACAAGAGUACACCUUACUUCAAACAAAUGUGAAAUGGCCAUUAGGUUGGCCGGUUGGUGGCUAUCCCGGUCCUCAGGGUCCUUAUUAUUGCAGUGCUGGGGCAGAUAAGUCAUUUGGACGUGACAUAUCUGAUGCUCACUACAAGGCUUGCUUAUAUGCUGGAAUUAACAUCAGUGGCACCAAUGGGGAGGUUAUGCCUGGGCAGUGGGAGUACCAAGUUGGUCCUAGUGUAGGUAUUGAGGCUGGUGAUCAUAUCUGGGCUUCAAGGUACAUCCUCGAGAGAAUUACUGAGCAAGCUGGUGUUGUGCUCUCUCUUGAUCCAAAACCAAUAGAGGGUGACUGGAAUGGAGCAGGAUGCCACACCAAUUACAGUACAAAGAGCAUGAGGGAAGAUGGAGGCUUUGAGGUAAUAAAGAAGGCAAUUUUGAAUCUAUCGCUUCGCCACAAGGAUCACAUCAGUGCAUAUGGAGAAGGAAAUGAGAGAAGGUUGACAGGAAAGCAUGAGACAGCAAGCAUUAACACAUUUUCUUGGGGAGUGGCUAACCGUGGUUGCUCAAUCCGUGUGGGAAGAGACACAGAGAAGAAUGGCAAAGGUUACUUGGAAGACAGGCGACCGGCUUCAAACAUGGAUCCAUAUGUUGUGACAUCAUUACUUGCAGAGACUACACUAUUGUGGGAGCCAACUCUGGAGGCUGAAGCUCUUGCAGCUCAGAAGUUAGCAUUGAAGGUCUAAACCUAUUGAAUGAUGGCAUUCUGGAUGCAAAAUCACUUUCCUUUUAGAUUAUCUAUAUGUAUUCUAAUGAUCUUGUUUGGACUAAAGAGGUUGCCAUGCCCAGUUAUUGGUUAUCAUAUGAAAUGCACAUUGUAUAUCAGAAGUUUGGUUGGUACUAUUUGCUUCAGGACAAAUUUUCUUUGAUGCUUGGUUACAUUCAGUGUCCCCUCGGAUUUUCUUUUCCUAGAAAUAUCUGAGCUUUCUUUUUUA